AUGACCAAGGCAAGUCUUAUAAGGAACAACAUUAAAUUGGGACUGGCUCAAAGUUUCAUAGUUUCAUUCCAUUAUGAUCAUGAUGAAAGAGAAGAUGUUCAAAAGAAAACAUUCACAAAAUGGAUAAAUGCACAAUUUUCUAAGUUUGGAAAGCAGCACAUAGACAACCUCUUCAGUGACCUGCAGGAUGGGAAACGCCUCCUGGACCUCCUGGAAGGCCUGACAGGGCAAAAACUGCCAAAAGAAAAAGGAUCUACAAGAGUUCAUGCCCUGAAUAAUGUCAACAAGGCACUGCAGGUCUUACAGAAAAAUAAUGUUGAUUUAGUAAAUAUAGGAAGCACUGACAUAGUGGAUGGAAAUCAUAAACUCACUCUUGGUUUGAUCUGGAAUAUAAUCCUCCACUGGCAGGUAAAAAAUGUGAUGAAAACUAUCAUGGCUGGAUUGCAGCAAACCAACAGUGAAAAGAUCCUUCUGAGCUGGGUUCGACAGUCAACACGUAAUUAUCCACAGGUUAAUGUCCUCAACUUCACCUCCAGCUGGUCUGAUGGGUUGGCUUUGAAUGCUCUCAUCCAUAGUCACAGGCCAGACCUCUUUGAUUGGAAUAGCGUGGUUUCCCAGCAGUCAGCCACCCAAAGACUGGAACAUGCCUUCAACAUUGCCAAAUGUCAGUUAGGCAUAGAAAAACUUCUUGAUCCUGAAGAUGUUGCUACCACUUAUCCAGAUAAGAAGUCCAUCUUAAUGUACAUCACAUCACUCUUUCAAGUUUUGCCUCAACAAGUGAGCAUUGAAGCCAUUCGGGAAGUGGAAAUGUUACCCAGGCCAUCAAAAGUGACUAGAGAAGAACAUUUUCAAUUACAUCAACAGAUGCAUUAUUCUCAACAGAUCACAGUCAGUCUAGCACAGGGCUAUGAGCAAACUUCUUCAUCUCCUAAGCCUCGAUUCAAGAGCUAUGCCUUCACACAGGCUGCUUAUGUUGCCACCUCUGAUUCCUCACAGAGCCCCUAUCCUUCACAGCAUUUGGAAGCUCCCGGAGGCAAGUCAUUUGGCAGUUCACUGAUGGAGACUGAAGUAAACCUGGAUAGUUACCAAACUGCUUUAGAAGAAGUACUCUCAUGGCUUCUUUCUGCAGAGGACACAUUGCGAGCACAAGGAGAGAUUUCAAAGGAUGUUGAGGAAGUAAAAGAACAGUUUCAUGCUCAUGAGGGGUUCAUGAUGGAUUUGACAUCUCAUCAAGGACUUGUUGGUAAUGUUCUACAGUUAGGAAGCCUACUGGUUGGAAAAGGAAAAUUAACAGAAGAUGAAGAAACCGAAGUUCAAGAAACAAAUGAAUCAUCCCUAAAUUCCCAGAUAGAAUGUCUCAGGGUAGGUAUAUGGGAAAACAAAGCAAGUAAUUUGCACAAAGUUCUAAUGGAUCUCCAGAAUCAGAAAUUAAAAGAGCUAGAUGACUGGUUAACAAAAACUGAAGAGAGAACAAAGAAAAUGGAGGAAGAGCCCUUUGGACCUGAUCUUGAAGACCUGAGCCAAGUACAACAACAUAAGGUGCUUAAGAAGAUCUAGAACAAGGAACAGGUCAGGGUCAAUCAAGCCACUCACACAUGGUUGUAGUGGUUGAGAAUCGAAGGUGAUUAAACAGCUGCUUUGGAAGAACAACUUAAGGUACUGGGAGAUCGAUGGGCAAAUAUCUGCAAAUGGACUGAAGAUCGUUGGAUUCUUUUACAAGAUAUUCUUCUAAAAUGGCAGCGUUUUACUGAAGAACAGUGCCUUUUUAGUACAUGGCUUUCAGAAAAAGAAGAUGCAAUGAAGACCAUUCAAACGAGUGGCUUUAAGGAUCAAAAUGAAAUGGUAUCAAGUCUUCAAAAUAUAUCUGCUUUAAAAAUAGAUCUAGAAAAGAAAAAGCAAAGCAUGGAAAAACUAAGUUCACUCAAUCAAGAUCUCCUUUCAGCACUGAAAAAUAAGUCAGUGACUCAAAAGAUGGAAAUGUGGAUGGAAAACUUUGCACAACGUUGGGAUAAUUUAACCCAAAAACUUGAAAAGAGUUCAGCACAAAUUUCACAGGCUGUCACCACCACUCAGCCAUCACUAACACAGACAACUGUAAUGGAAACGGUAACUAUGGUGACCACAAGGGAACAAAUCAUGGUAAAACAUGCCCAAGAGGAACUUCCACCACCACCUCCUCAAAAGAAGAGGCAGAUCACUGUGGAUUCUGAAAUUAGGAAAAGGUUGGAUGUCGAUAUAACUGAACUUCACAGUUGGAUUACUCGUUCAGAAGCUGUACUACAGAGUUCUGAAUUUGCAGUCUAUCGAAAAGAAGGCAACAUUUCAGACUUGAAAGAAAAAGUAAAUGUAUGUUCUGCUUCAAAUCUUAUAUUUCUAUUUUGCACUGCUUUCAAAUUCUUUUGUUUCAAAUAUCGGUUUUAUAGACAUUGA